AUGGAGCAGGCGGCGCCGGGCCCGGGAAGACCGGACCCAGCCAGCCAAAGGAGGAGCGAAACCAGCUGGGUCGAUGCCUGCCUGGCAGGCAGCCAGGAGCCGGACCACGGGGGGGCUGGGGCUGCGGCGCAGGAGAGGAGCGCGCCGCCGCCGCCGCCGCAGACCGAGCGAUGGGCCCCGCCGGAGGCGGGAGGAGGAAUUGGCCGGGCUCUGAGCACGGGCUACUGCCGACUUUGCCACGGGAAGUUUUCCUCACGGAGCCUGCGGAACGCUUUUGGGAAGGUGCCCACGGCGGGCGAGAGCUCUGAGAAGCAGCGGCGCCUGGACCAAGUCUUCUUCACGGAUUUCCAGCGCCUGGUGGGCGUGGUGGUCCGGGAAGACCCCAGCCUUCCCCAGUUUGUCUGCAAGAAGUGCCAUGCCCAGUUCUACAAGUGUCGCAGCCUCCUCCACACAUUCAUCCAGAAGGUGAACGUCUCGCCUGCUGGCCACGUCAAGGCCCGAGGAAAGGAGGUGGAAGGGCUGCUCUGCUCUCCUAAGAACAGCAUCCGCCCAUCUCCGCUCACCGCUGAAGGAGCUCCCUCCGUGGCAGACCUGAUCACCUCCAGCCCUCAGUGCCUCCACAACUUGGUGAUGUGGACGCACAGUCACGCGGAGAGCUGCCGGACCACGCCGAGCCUGCAGAGCGUGCUGUCCUCCGAGUACUGCGGGAUCAUCCGAGCCGUGUGGGGCUGUGGGGAGGGCCACGAUUACGUCAUGAGCACCGACUCGGACUGCAGCAGCCUGCUGGUGGACACCGCCUUGUCUGUGAAGCGGGACCUGCCCGGGGGCACCACAGCACACCUGGAGACGGGCAACGGGGUGGCUGUGGGCAGAGAGGCAGCCGCAGCUGCUGCAGCCGCCCCAGAACCCCUGCAGAGCCCGGCCAGGACAGGAGCCGCGCAUCAGCCUGCAAACACCGGGACCACUUUGCCAGCGUUGAGCACCGAAAGCCCGUUGCCCGAGUGCCGGGAUUUGCCUUCUUUGCACGCCGGAACUGGAGCUGCUCUGCAGGAGAAGAGUCUGCCUCAGCCAGUAUGCCCACUCAAUGGUAGUCCCGGACAGCUGAGCGAGAAGCUGGUUCCGCCUGCAGCGUCGGAUGAGCGGGUAAAAGACGAGUUCAGUGACCUUUCUGAGGGAGACUCCUCAAGUGAGGACGAAAACGAAAAGCGAGCACGGUCUUCGGAUGACUCUUUUGAGCCUUACCCGGAAAAGAAGAUGUCCACCAACCGAAGGGCUGAGAGUAAAGAAGCCAAGGCCGCAGAAGAGCCAAAAACAAGGAAGAAGCCAGGACCCAAACCGGGCUGGAAGAAGAAGAUCAAAUGCGAAAGGGAGGAGCUGCCAACAAUUUACAAGUGUCCUUAUCAGGGGUGCACGGCCGUGUAUCGAGGGGCAGACGGCAUGAAGAAGCACAUCAAGGAGCAUCACGAGGAAGUCCGGGAAAGGCCGUGCCCCCACCCGGGUUGCAACAAGGUGUUCAUGAUUGACAGAUACCUCCAGCGCCAUGUGAAGCUCAUCCACACAGAAGUCCGGAACUAUAUCUGCGAUGAAUGCGGCCAGACAUUCAAGCAGCGCAAGCACCUCUCAGUCCAUCAGAUGCGCCACUCUGGUGCAAAACCUCUCCAGUGUGAAAUCUGUGGCUUCCAGUGCCGUCAACGUGCAUCUCUCAAAUACCACAUGACCAAACACAAAGCGGAGGCGGAGCUGGAGUUUGCUUGCGAUCAGUGCGGGAAGCGCUUCGAGAAGGCCCACAACCUUAACGUCCACAUGUCCAUGGUGCACCCUCUGAUCCAGACUCAGGACAAACUCAAGGCGGCAGAGCCCGAGCCGGAGGAGCUGCCGGAUGACCUGGAGGCUGCCGACAGCCAGCCGGUGAAGUCAGAGCUCCAUGCGCAGCAAGAGCCCACCUGAGAACGAGGGAGAGGGCAGGGAGAAUGGAUCCAGCCGGUGGGGGAGAUUUCGGUGUACAUUUUAAUGGAUUCUCUACAACGAACUUGGAAAUCGCUUCCACGAUCAUGAAAAGCUUCCUGUCGCCGUGAUUCUCUCUGUGCGCUUCUGUCUGACGCCACAGCAGUGUUGUGUGGAGUGACACACGCUUCUCUGAAGGGGGCCGGCGGUCCUGGUUUCCUUCGGUGCAGUGGGGCACGUCGGAGGUAUCGCACACCUGUUGUAAAGGUGUGCGUCCGCAGACAACAAACAGAUUCACUUCUGGCGGCUCUAACAAUGGUAAAAGCAGUUUAAACCCGGGCGAUUGGUUUUAAAUUAACUUCCAAAGGCAAUUUAGAAAAGACAGAACAUUUGUAACCUAAUUUUUAUUGUAACAAAGUCAUGGUUAUGCUUGUAAUAAAUUAUUUACACGGUACUUUGGCCAGACUGGGCCCUGGGAG